GUCCAAUCAGGCGCGCAGCCAGGGAGGAAGGGGCGGCUUCCGGAAUCUGGCGCGGCCUUUGUCUCACUUGAGCCAGAGUGCAGGGUUAGGGCUUCAUUGCCUUGUGUCCUCUGCUCCGGGAGACUUCGGUGAUUCUGCCACUCACUCCGUCGCUCUGUGACCUGCUGGCAUUGAAUGAUUUAUAGCUAAGACUCCAGGACACCCCUGAAGCCGAGAAAUGGAACUCUUAACAUUCAGGGAUGUGGCCAUAGAAUUCUCUCCAGAAGAGUGGAAAUGCCUGGACCCUGCCCAACAGAAUUUAUAUAGAGAUGUGAUGUUGGAGAACUACAGAAACCUGGUCUCCCUGGCUGUGUAUUCUUAUUACAACCAAGGCAUUUUACCAGAGCAAGGCAUAGAAGAUUCAUUCAAAAAAGCAACACUGGGAAGAUAUGGGAGCUGUGGCCUUGAAAAUAUAUGCUUAUGGAAAAACUGGGAAAGUAUAGGUGAAGGUGAAGGACAAAAAGAAUGUUAUUAUCUAUGUAGCCAGUAUUUGACAACUAGUCAUAACAAACAUUUAACUGUGAAAGGAGACAAAGAAUAUAGAAUAUUUCAGAAGAAGCCUCAGUUUCUGUCAGCUGCUCCUAUAGAACCAUGUAUUCCUAUGAAUAAAUAUCAACAUCAGUUUUUGAAAUCUGUCUUUUGUAAUAAAAAUCAGAUAAACUUUAACCAUGACUCAAAUAUUAGUAAACAUCAUAGUACUCAUUUUCUAGAAAACUAUUACAAUUGUAAUGAAUGUGAGAAAGUAUUUUACCAAUCCUCAAAGCUUAUUUUCCCUGAAAAUAUCCAUAUUCAAGAAAAGCCUUACAACUCUAAUGAAUGUGGUGAAACUUCUGACCCAUUCUCAAAACUUACUCAACAUCAAAGAAUUUAUAUUGGAGAGAGCUCACAAAGAUGUAAUAAAAAAUGUAUAAUAGUCUUUAGUCAGUCACAUCUAAAGGGACAUAAGAUAAUUAACACUGGAGAGAAAUCAGUGAAAUAUAAAGAAUGUGGCAAAGCUUUUACCAGGGGCUUACAUCUUGGACAUCAGAAAAUUCAUACUGGAGAGAAACCUUACAAAUGUAAAAAAUGUGACAAAGCCUUUAACAAGAGCUCACACCUUGCUCAACAUCAGAGAAUCCAUACUGGAGAGAAGCCUUUCAAGUGUAAGGAAUGUGGCAAAGCGUUUAACAGAGGCUCAUACCUUACUCAACAUCAGAGAAUCCAUACUGGAGAGAGAGCUUUCAAAUGUAAAGAAUGUGGCAAAGCCUUUAACAGGGGGUCAUACCUUACUCAACACCAGAGAAUCCAUACCGGAGAGAAACCUUUCAGAUGUAAGGAAUGUGGCAAAGCCUUUAAUAGAAGCUCAUACGUUACUCAGCAUCAGAGAAUGCAUACUGGAGAGAAACCUUUCAAGUGUAAGGAAUGUGGCAAAGCUUUUAACAGAGCUUCACACCUUACUCAACAUCAGAGAAUCCAUACUGGAGAGAAACACUUCAAAUGUAAAGAAUGUGGCAAAGCCUUUAACAGGGGCUCACACCUUACUCGACAUCAAAGAAUCCAUACUGGAGAGAAGUCUUUCAAAUGUAAAGAAUGUGGCAAAGCUUUUAUCUGGGGCUCACACCUUACUCAACAUCAGAGAAUCCAUACUGGAGAGAAAUUCUUCAAAUGUAAAGAAUGUGGCAAAGCUUUUACCAGGAGCUCACACCUUACUCAACAUCAGAGAAUUCAUACUGGAGAGAAACCUUUCAAAUGUAAAGAAUGUGGCAAAGCUUUUAACAGACGCUCAACCCUUACUCAACAUCAAAUAAUUCAUACCAGGUAGAAACCCUGCAAGUGUAAAGAAUGUGCUAAAACCCUAAACUGGUGCUCACACCUUACUCAACAUUAGAAAAUCAAUACUGGAUAGAAAUCCCAUAUGUGUAAUGAUUUUUGAAACAUCAAGAUGAAGUCUAAAUAAAAAUCAGAAGUGUCACUUUAGAAAGAACUAAGGUGCUAGCACUUCUGUAAAUUACUCUGAAUCAGUGUGUUUAUUAUAACAAAUAAUUCAAACUCAAUUAGAUAAUUAAAUUGUAUGUUUAAAAAGAGUGACGACAUUGAUGGAGAGGCAUAAUUAUAUUCAAUGUUCACUUAUUUUUGUAAUCACAGUAUUCAUGAUUGAGAAAGUAUUAUUGAUGUAAUUAAAUUCAAAUUAACCUUUUUUUUCCCCACUGUGAUUAUUGCUGUCUCUGACAUGAGAGUCCCUUCUAUGUUAGGUAGACAUCAUUCACAUGUCUCAUUCACAUGUCAUCAUUCACAUGUCUCAUGACAUCAUUCACAAGUUUCCCAUGGAAGACUAAGAGCAUUGGCAUAUAGGAUGUAUGAUGAAAUCUAAAUGGAGUUGCUCUUUUUGUUUGACUUACAACAGUGAAUAUAAGUCAUAUAUGAGUUAGGUGUUCAGAAUAUUAUUGUUCUGCAUUAAAGUGUGAGACAGAAACACUCUGAGUUUUAGAUAUGAAUAGUUUUACCAACUACCCAUUAAAAAGUCUUGCUAGUCCAUUAAUAUUCUAAUGUAUCUUCAUAGCAGCAAGUUAGAAGUCCUGAAUAUUACUGUGAUAACAAUAAAGAAAUCAUCACAAAUAUCAGAGAGUGGUGCAAAUAACUUCUCUCUGGUAGAACAUAGAUUAUUAAUUCAAUCCUCUAAAUACUUAGGCUCAGUUUAAGAAAAGAGAGAACACUUUUUUUUAACAUAGGUCAUGGUAUCAGAAUAAGAAUGCUUUUUGAAUGUUUGCAGUCUGUAAUUUUGAUGAUUGAGGAAACUGGAUUUUGAAAUGCUUUAUUCAGUCUGUAAACUUAAUUUGUUUUUAAGAAUAAAAUGAAAUGUCUUUUAAUUUGUUAACACUGUUGCUUAUUGAAAAAUGUCUUAUCCUGACAAAAAUGUUAACUUAUUCCACCUUGCUCAAGAUUCCAGGUAGUAAAUGGUAAUGAUAUACUAUUGGGUAUGUCUAGUUCAUCCUGUCUUUAGCAUUUUUUACCCUUAGUGGUAUUAAACUCCAAAUAGUUUGGAGAAUGUUGAUUCCAUAAGUUAUUACUUGUUACUCUAACAAGUUCCCCAAGGUGUGAUGAGUAGUUAAUUAGCCCUUAGCUAAUUGCCAAACAUUAGGUUAUUAAUUUAAAAUUGUUUGUUUUUCAUGUAGGUGUUCACUGCUAUGAAUUUCUCUGAACAGUUUGCUGCAUCUCAUGUUUUGAUAUGUCAUAACUUCAUUUUCAUUUAUCUGAAAAUACUUUCCAGUUUCAUUUUUUCUUUAAAACAUUAAUUAGGAGUAUUUUUAAUUUCCAUAUAUUUGUGAGUUCCCCCCAUUUUCUGCAUUCAUUUAUUUUUAAUUUCCUUCUACUAAAGUCAGGGAAAAUACUUUGGAUUAUUUUGAUCCUGUUAAUUUUAUUGACGUUUGCCUGCUGUAUGGCCUAGCAUAUGGUCUAUCCUGGAGAAUGAUUUAUGUGUACUUCUAAUUUUGAGUGGAGAAUUCUAUCAGUUCAUAUUUGUUUACAGUGUUCAAGUGUUAUGUUUUCCUGUUGAUCUUCCCACUUUUUCUGCCCAUUAUUUACAUUGGAGUAUAGAAGUUUCUAUACUUCUGAUAAACUCCAAAUAAUGGAUUUGAUUAUUUAAUCUAUUUAUAGCCUGUAAUAUUGUCAGUAUAGUUGAAUUUGCAUCAUUUUGCUUUCUAUUUUUAUGUCUCACGUAUUUUUAUUUAUUCUUCCUUUACUGCUUUCUUAUUACUUUCCAUGUAAUCUUUUAAUUUUUAUAAUUGUUCAUGUUUUUGAAGUUACUUCCUUGUUUUCUCUAGCCCUUAUAUACCUUAUCAGAAUCUGCUUUAUAUUUAUAUUAAUUCCAAUGAGAUAUAAAAUAUUACCACUAUAUACCUUUUUUCCCCCAAUUUGGAUUGAAUUUUUAAAAUAUUGUCUUAAUUUAGUUUUAUUGUUUUAUUAAAAAAGCUAAACUUACAAAAUUGGUUGUGUAUUAGUUUAGGUGAGAUUGUUUUGUAAUGAGAAAAUAAUUUACAACAUAUAGAGAAUAAAUUAUUAUUAUUUUAAAAAGUACUCUACAUUUUGUAUCCUUAUUUCCUUUGAUAGUUUAAAAUUGUAAUUCUCUAAAUAAGUGAUAUAUUCAUAAAUGUGACUUGUAAAUGUUGAAAUUUAUAUGUUUGCUUUUUCUGCAUUCAGUAAGGGUAGUAGUUUCCAGCAUCUGUGCCUCUUUAAAGUGAAAGACGGGCAGGCGCAGUGGCUAAUGCCUGUAAUCCCAGCACUUCGGGAGGCCCAGGUGGGCAGAUCACCUGAGGUCAGGAGUUCGAGACUAGCCUAGCCAACUUAGUAAAACCCUGUCUCUACCAAAAAUACAAAAAAAUUAGCUGGGUGUGGUGGUGGGCUCCUGUAAUCCUAGCUACUUGGGAAGCUGAGACAGGAAAAUAACUUAAACCUGAGAGGUGGAGGUUGCAGUGAGCCAAGAUCAUGUCACUGCACUGCAGCCUGGGCAGCAGAGUGAGACUCCAUCUCUAAAUAAAUAAAUUCAGCCUGGGCAACAGGUGAGACUCCAUCUCUAAAUAAAUAAAUAAAUGAAUGAAUGAAUGAUAGGAUGGAAUUAAAAUAGUUUGAAAACAUAAAUUAACAAAAUGGUGUUGACAAAGAUUGUUCAUUUGUGGUCUACCAGGGCAUAAAAUUCUCAAAAAACAUAAUCAGUAGGAAACCUCUUUGUUCCUGAAUAUUAGAGAAUAUUAUAUGUCUUAAAAUUAUUCAUGUUGAAAAGCUCUGCCUUUCAUGCAUUUAGGAGAAAAAGUCAGAGGGCAGGGCCUCCCACUGAUUCUUAGCAGGGCACCUGAAGUCCAAAAGAUGUAUCUCUAUUUUCUCAUAAACUCUGUAUUGGACACAGUUACUCUGCUUCUAAUCUACAUGUUACAGUGAUGCACAGAGACAUGGUGAUAAAAUAAAUUGUAAGCUUUAAAAGAGAAGUGUUAUGUUUUGCGUGUGUGUGUGUAUGUAUAUAUAUGUAUAUGUAUGUGUAUGUGUAUGUGUAUGUGUAUAUGUAUAUGUAUAGACAGCUUUGUCAUCUUGGCCAGAGUGCAGUGUCACACUAGAGCUCAGUCCAACCUCAAACUUGUGAGCUCUCAGCCUCUUUAGUAACGGGGACAACAGGUACAUGCCACUACACUGACUAGUUUAAAAACUUUUUUUUUUUUUUUAAUAGAGAUGGGGUCUCACUAUGUUGCCCAGACUGAUCUUGAAUUCCUGUCCUCAAGUGAUCCUCCCACUUCAGCCUCCUAAAGUGUUGUUAUUACAAGUGCGAGCCACCACACUCAGCCUUCUCAUAUAUUCUUUACUCUGGAGAUGAGAAAAACAUAUGCUAGGAAUUUUUAGAGCUUUCCAAAUUUUGUAGCAUAUAACUUGUGAUCAAGCCCCUCCAGUGUUUUUUAUUUCCUGUCUCUGCAGGAGGCACUUCCACUUCUUUUUUGUUUGUUUGUUUUGUUUUCCCUCUCAGGGAGCUGAGAAUUAAAUGUUUUGGGAUCAUCAGUAAUUUAAUUUAUCUUAGCAAACGUUGUCUUUCCAGGUGCACACUUCACUACGUUAAAUUUCCAAAAAAUAAGAUAUUUUAUUCAGCUAUUAUCUUAUCGUUUUAUUGGCAUUUCUGCAUUUUACAAGGUUUUUAUUAAACUCUUGAGAUAGAAAAUGUACAUUUUUUUCUGAAAUUGUGAGCUUUAUUUCUCAGGUUGUCACCUGUUGCAGCUGAAUCAAUCAAUCCUGCUUCACAUGCCACCUGAAAUUUUCAUAAUUACUUUUAUGUUGUAUAUAAUCAGUCAGAAGUCUUACAAUGCUAUUCAUAGAAUAUGGUGAAAAUAGUGGUGACUAAGAAAUUAUAAUAGAACAAGCCCAGUAUGCUAUUUUGUUAUGUAGGUUGUAUGUAACUUUAAACUAGGCAGUAAAAAUAUGUGGACAAAUCAUGUCAUUUAUUUAAAAAUAUCUCUACAAAUUUGAUAUUAUAAAAACAAUGAAAUAGAUUUUCUCAAACUUUUUCUCUAAAUUAGAAUGUUCUCAUGCAUUAGCACUUGAGUCUUUGUAAAUGACUAGCAACUUUCAUUACACUCUCUUUGCUUCAGACAUCUGAUCUAAGCCUGCAGAAUUUGUGAUCUGUCUUUUUUAUUGGUCCAUGUAAUGAUGUUACCUUUUCACCGUUAUUUGUGAGAGAGUGUGUGUGUGUGUGUGUGUGUGUAUGUGUGUAUGUGUAUGUGUGUAUAUACAUAUAUAUACACACACACACACACAUAUAUAUAUAUAUAUAUAUAUAUAUAUAUAUAUAUAUAUAUAUGCGCUUAGGGGCUUACACUAUUUAGAAGGUAAAGCAAGCACAAUGAGGAUAAAAUUGACCUGCAUUGUCUGUCUCUUAAGAGUGCUCAGCGACUUUCUUAGGCCCAGCCAUGGCCUGUUUGCCAGGUGUUACGUUGAGAAUUCAGGUGUACAUUCUGGUUUAUAAUUUAAUGUAUAAUUUAGGACUCAAUUUUCUUUUACACUCU